AUGUAUAGAGAGAGUAACGCUUCCACUCGCUUGAGUGAAACUUCAUACAACAGCAAGGAGCCCCAAGCUAGGGUACGGCGCGUCCUGUCCAAUGUUUCUACGGAACACGUCGUAGAUACUCGAUCGAAAACGCUCAACACAGUGUCACGUCAAUCCGCGAGUCAAGAAACUGUGAAUAGUACAAAAAAAUCUUUAACGCAAACAAAUAUAGGUCAUUCUACAGCCGAUUACAAGGAAUCAGAUUCAUCCUUACCCGGGAAGAAAACAGUCGAUACUAUCAAAUCCAAAUCUCCUGAUAAAGGCGCCCCGGGGAAGUUAGGAUCAUCCAAUACUGUUCCUAAAAUUAAACCACUAGUACAAAAUAUGAUGUUUAAAAACGCACUAUCACUAAAUCAUUUCGAUUUAUCAGUUAAUAUAAACAGUAGACCAACAAAUAGAACAAAAAUACCUGUAUCAAUAACGAAUAAACCAUCACCAUUAGUGACACAAUGCGCAACACCAAAAUCUGAGAAAAGAGAUUUAGCAGGAGUUAAGUCUCCAAGAUCUAACUCCAACAGUCGUUCGCCGAGUUUAGAAAGGAAAAAAGAGAAGCAGUUAUCAGAGUCGUUUAGACAAACUAUAAAUGAAAGACUGAAGCAAACACAUAAUAAAGGGAAACCUAUCUACGCUAUAGGCAGACCAACAUGUUCUGAUAAGGAAGAUUAUGAUUUUGUAAAUAAAUCAAGAUCAUAUGAUGAGUACAGAAAACAAAAGUUAAAUGAAACCAAGAAAAAGUUUAAGAGUAAAAAUUUUUUUCAAGAACAAAAAUAUGAUAAAAUUGAAGGGCUCAAUUGGAUCUCAUGGAAAUAA